AUGGAAAAUAAUAAUAUGCGUCUUCACUUAUUAUACGGAGCAUAUGAUGCAUUAGGAUUUGCAUUGUUACAAUCCGGCAAAUUGGAAUUUGCAUCACACUAUUAUAGUAUGGCAUUAAAAUUUGUGUUAAUCAUUUAUCCUUCAAAUCAUCCCAAUAUUGGCAUGCUGUAUGAAAGUCUAGGAGGGCUUCAUUUACGCAUGCAAAAUUAUCAAUUAUCUAUAGAAUAUUCAACUCGAAGUCUUGAUAUCUAUAAACAGACAUUGCCUAUGACACAUUCACGUCUUGGAGAUGUCACUUACAAUUUGGCAUCAGCGUACUGUUUCCUGAAUGAUGCCGAAAAUUUUCUCGCUUUUGCAUCAAAUGCCUAUGAAAUUUAUCAGUAUAAUUUUCCGAAAACACAUCCAUCAUUUUUACGAGCAAAAGAACUUCUACGUUUAUAUGCGGUAUGUCGGAUUACCUGAUACACGACUAUUGUUUGAAUUUUGCACGAAGAGUAUCGGACAAAAUGCUUAUAGCAUUUUAACGACGAUAGCUAGAGAUCUCGAGUCUUCAUUAUCCGAAACUACCGUGGAGCGUUAUCCAUUCCUUCUUUCUAAUGAUGAAGAGUCCAAAUCUCUAGCUAUCUUUGUUAUAAAGUUAUAAGCAUUUUACCAGAUGCUCGUCUUUUAAAAUUCCGAUAAUAGCAAGUUUAGUUUACCUUGGAUGAAAUAAGUCUUUGUAUUCUUACAGGAUUGCGUAUGUAAGAAAAAUGGAAUAAACAGUAAAAAAAGGCCCAUGUUCUUCCUUGGAGGAAAUCUUCCGUCGCGUCGAUGAUUUGGUGUAUAGCGGUAGUGCUGAUUCUUCAAUAUGCAUUGUGCAGAAAAGCAACGGCAAUACUUACUAUAUUCAAUUUUAAAGGAAAGAUUUCGAUACGUACGCGAAGCAAAUAUUUAAACUUUCUUAACAUUUGCACGAAAGUUGUCGGAAAAUCUACAGGAAUUUGUUUAACUUAUUCUUUGUACUCACGCUUUUCUAAAUUUAAUUUUCGGCGUUUGUUUAAAUUACGGUGAGGGUGUGGGUGUGUGGGUGUGUGGGUGUGGGUGGGGUGUGGGUGUGGGUGGGGUGUGGGUGUUGGUGGGGUGUGGGUGUGGGUGUGUGGGUAUGGGUGUGGGUGUGGGUGUGCGGGUAUGGGUGUGAAUGGGUGUGGAUGUGGGUGUGAAUGGGUGUGGGUGGGGUGUGCGUGUAUGGGUGUGGGUGUGGGUGUGGAUGUGAAUGGGUGUGGGUGUGGGUGUGCAUGGGUGUGGGGUGUGGGUCUACUAUUCAUCUACACUAACGCUCAUACCCACACACACAUCCACACACACCCACACCCCACACCCCACACCCACCCACCCACACCCUCACACCCACACCCACACCCACACCCCACACCCACCCACACAGCCACACACACCCACACCCGCACCCCACACCCACACCCGCACCCCACACCCACCCACACCCACACCCUUGCCAAUUGUUCAUCAGAUCGUGCAUCUCCACGUCCACCAGAGUGUUGGAUUUGGGUAAUCAAAUCGACGAGAAAAUUGAGUGCAGGUGCUGGUGGACGGGCUAAAACAAAGAGAAACGUUCAUGUAAUCAGAAAAAAGAACACCAAACGAAAAGAGUUCGCCUCCAAUUGAUCAUAGUUUUUUUUAAGACGAGCAUAAUCUUUUGACCAAGUAUCAGAUGUUUUUUGUGGAACUCACGUAUGUUUUCGAAGAAAAUAGUGAGUGUAAGUUUUAAGUUCGAGGUUUGGCGGCUCCCCACCCCCUCCCUUACAGACACUUAGCAACGGAGAAAGAGAACAUUACAGACAUAGCCCCCCCCCCCUCCCUCCCCCCAUUACAGACCAUAGCAACGAGGCCCCAAUUACAGACACCCCUUCAUUACAGACACCUCCUCAUUACAGGCACCCCCUUAUUAUAGACACCCCCUCAUUACAGACACCCCUCAAUUACAGACAAUCUACCAUUACAGACUUUACCAAUGCAGAAGAACAGAUGUCAGACUUUCAAGAGUUUUUUUGUUUUGAAAAAUCGGUAAAGUUAUAAUUUUGAAGAUUAAUGAACAUCAUUGUUUGUGAGUUGAUUAAUAUAUAUAAUAGUACAUAAAAUCUGCCAUAGAUAUCAUGGAUAUGUAAAAUAGACUUAUUUGCCGAUUCAAUGAUUAUAAUAAUAAGAAUAUUAAAUUAAAAAAAACGUGAAUUAAAAAAAAUGAAAAAUAAUGAGCGA